AUGCGAUGCGCGAGCAAGGCCGCCGAGAGCGCGUCCGCACGUCUCUGUGCGGACGCCGAAGCAGAAACUACAGCAACUGAUGUCUCAUCGGUUGCUGAAGCGACCCAGCCUGUGUCACUUGGUGAUGCAGGCGCUCGUCAUGAAGACACUCAUGUCUUCACAGAGUACGAGCUCGGUGUUUCGUACUCUCCUGACACGGAAGACGGAUCCUUAUCGACGGCGAUCGAAUCCAAGCCGCCUGCCAAUCGUGGCAUGGAUGAUGCUAUGCGUUAUAGCAUCUUUGAUUCAUCUGAUGAAUCAGAUGAACCAUCGCCGAAGCGAAGGCGCUCGAGGUCGCGAGACUCGGGCGCUAACAGUGGUGUCGGUUCUCCUAUUGACACCACUUCGCAACGAGGUGCCAGUCCUUCUGUCGGCACAUCGCAGGAAGAGCGGGACCGCAAUGUCUUGCGUCUCGCUCCUGAGAAGAAGGCAUGGAUGCCUCCUAAAUCCGUCAUGGAUCACUUGUCGGCGACGACGAGUGAUCGUUAUCGAACACGGUUGUUCGAUUCGUCAAGGAUCCAUCACCUUGACCCCAGUGCGAAAAACUAUCGCGCUGAGAAUGAAUUCUUCAUCGGUGCUUUCUUUAGACAGCGAUGGUACAGUGGGAACCACAAGCGUGAUGGUCCCUCACUGCUUCAAGCGUGGAACGCCUGCAUCCAUAACCUUGAGGAUGUAGGUCGUGACGUUUGGAACGACAAACUUAUCAAAGCUCGUGAUAAGUUUGAAAAGCGAACCCCUACAGGUGCACGCUACAAGCUGCAUCGUCUGUCAAGGGAGAAAGGAUUACCCUGCCUCUCUUGGGGAGACUCGUGCCCAUGUUGUGUGAACAACUCUGCACGAUCACCUAAGGAGGCUUACCUCCUUACUAGCCCGUGGUGGCGUACUUUCUCCGGCGGUCCUUCUGCGGCACAUGAUGUGCCGCGUCGUACUGCUCAACCAGACCCAGUACGUCAAUCAGCAGUUGGGAGCGGGGCUCCCAAGUAUCCCAGGACGGGGGAUAGCCGCGCCACCGGACGAGAUAACUCGUCCGACGUCCGUUCACGUCGCGGUGGUUCAACAGAUACUCAACUAGAUAGCGCUGGCCACCGCGAGAGUCCUCUAAUGGAGGUGGAGGAGGAGGAAAGACGCUCUCCACAAGAUCGUGGGGAUCCGUGUGUUCCCGAGAGCUUCUUUGAUCGCGUAACGCAAGGGUUACGCAACGAUCUCGAACAUGAGCGGGACAGGCGUCUCCAAAUGGCGGACACUGUCUUGAAUCAUCGAGCUGAGUUUGCCUUUGCUCAGCUUGAGAACGAGAGAGCUCUGACAUCUCUUCUUGACGAGCUAAGGGUAGCUCGUGGGAUUGUUGAUCGGUCUCGGGAUGAGAUAUAUGCUCUUCAGACCCUUGUCGAUGGCCACCAUCGGGAGAACAAGGCUCUCUGCAAGAUGCUUGAACGCAAGGGCGUUCUUCAUCGGAAGAAGCAGCGUACUGAUGGUACGGCUUAA